AUGGAGGCAUUCAAGCUUAAACCAGAUGCUGGCACCAUGGCUAGCCUAUUCCCGGCUGUGACUAAUACUUCAGCUGACAAUGUUUUGUAUGUUAAGGAGACGUUUAUGAAAUUGGCUAAAAAGAGUUUGGUUUCGUGGAAUGUGAUGAUAGCAGUGUAUGUGAAUAAUUCAAUGCCUGGUGAAGCAGUUGAUCUUUUCUUACAGUUGGAGGUGAGUGGGAUAGAACCUGAUGCAGUCACAAUCGCCAGCGUUCUUCCUGCCUCUGGGGAUCUUUCAGCUCUGUUGUUAGGGAAGCGAAUUCAUGAAUAUGUUGAGAGAAAGAGACUUAGGCCAAAUUUGUUAUUGGAGAAUGCAUUGAUUGACAUGUAUGCAAAGUGUGGAUGUUUACAAGAUGCAAGAGAAGUGUUUGAUGCGAUGAAAUUUCAGGAUGUUGUAUCGUGGACUUCCAUGAUGUCUGCAUAUGGCAGGUGUGGACAAGGUCAUGAUGCUGUGGCACUCUUUCAGAAAAUGCAAGACUCGGGAGUGAGUCCUGAUUCAAUUGCAUUUGUAUCAGUUAUGGCGGCUUGCAGCCAUGCUGGAUUGUUAGAAGAGGGGCAGUAUUACUUUAAAUUGAUGACCGAGGUGUGCAGGAUAGAGCCUAGGUUAGAACACUGUGCUUGCAUGGUAGAUCUUUUAGGGCGUGCUGGGAGAGUGGAUGAGGCAUAUAGUUUUGUCAAACAGAUGUCUCUGGAGCCUAAUGAAAGAGUGUGGGGUGCUCUGCUUAGUGCUUGCCGGGUAUACUCUAACAUGAAUGUUGGACUUCUAGCCGCUGAUCGCCUUUUCAAAUUGGCUCCAGAGCAGUCAGGCUAUUAUGUCCUGUUAUCAAACAUUUAUGCAAAAGCUGGUAGAUGGCAAGAUGUCACAACUGUGCGAUCAAUAAUGAAGAGCAGAGGAAUCAAGAAAAUACCCGGUGUCAGCAAUGUUGAGCUCAAAGACCAGGUUCACACUUUUCUUGCUGGUGACAGAUCACAUCCUGAGUCCAGAGAGAUAUAUGAAGAAUUAGAUGUUUUGAUAGGGAAAAUGAAGGAGUUAGGUUAUGUUCCUGAGACUGAUUCGGCUCUUCAUGAUGUCGAGGGGGAGGAGAAGGAAUGCCAUCUUGCAGUUCACAGUGAGAAGUUGGCAAUUGUCUUUGCCAUUCUGAAUACAGACCCCGGGACGGCUAUCAGAAUUACCAAGAAUCUUCGUGUUUGUGGAGAUUGCCAUAUUGCUAUUAAGCUCAUCUCUAAAAUAGCCAAACGGGAAAUUGUUGUCAGGGAUAAUAAUCCGUUCCACCACUUCAAGGAUGGUAUAUGUUCUUGUGGAGAUUAUUGGUGA